AUGUCAUCUCCCCCGCACGAUGCGUCUCCCCUGCGAUCCGACAGGUCAUUCUCAGCAAGUCGACGAGACGCGGGAAGUCUAGUGGUCGACGACCUCCUUCAGGGAAUGAAUGAGUGGAGGAACAUCCAAGACGUUAUCCGCAGUACCUUCAAGGCGCUGCAUGAUGUGAUCAAGGCUCAGGGCGACGCUGUGAAGUCGCUGGAGCGCCAGCUUGAAGGGAAGGCCUCUAGUGCAGACGUGCAGGCAGCUCUUCAACGGAAAGCAAACAUAGCAGAUGUAAACAGAAGCAUCUCAGACAUCGCUCACUCACUCGAGACGAAAGCGUUGGUGGGUGAUCUUGAUAACAAACCGGACCGAGACGAAGUUCAGAAGUCUGCCCUCAAGGGAAAAGCAAGCCUUGCCGAUGUCACGUCUGAACUGGACAGGAAAGCUGACAGGGACGAGAUCGAGAGUUUCAGAUCGCAGGUUGAGAAGCAUCUUAAUGAUCUUUCAAGCAAGCUUGAAGAGCAGAGCCGAGAGAUAGAGAGAAGAGCUCUGAGGGAUGAAGUCACUUCGCAGUUGCUGCGCAAAAUGGACAUCUCUCCCUUCGAGGAGAAGUUUGGAUCUGUCGGCCCUCAUCGUACCGUGGCACAGAUCCUGUACAACAAAGUCGACAAUGCGACCCUUGACAAGGCAAUCAACAACAUGAUGGACGAGGAAAGUUACUGCAAUGGAAUCCGGCACAAUGACAACAUCUCGAAACUGUCGAUGAGACUCGAUGCGGUAGACAGUGACAUGUACGCGAGCAAAACAAGUGUUCACAAGCAGUCCUCGGACUUGCAGAUGAAGAUGGAGACUUUGGCAAGGGAAGUCUCGCAGCUAACAAACACUCACCAAGGGAGCUCGACGUCUCUCCUCGAGAUGAAGACUUUAAUCUCACAGAACAACGCAGAGUACGCGCAGCAGAUCUCCAAGAUGAGAGCAGAUUGUAAGGCGGACAUGAACGAAGUAGAAAGCUCGUUGGGCUUCAAGAUCAAAACCGAGAUCACAGCUGCACGCGACCAGUUCGAGCGUCGGCUCAUGGAUACAGUUCAAGAGUUGGACGAAAGGAUCGAAAACUUGAAAACCUUCAACAGGAGAAUACUUGACAACUUGGAGAAAGAAAUCAGCAUCAAGGCGGACAAAUCUGCUCUGGACAAGAAGAUCGGAUACGACGCCAUGGACGAGAGCCUGGCGAUCCAGGAGCAAUCUCUACAGCGAGUUGUUUCCAUGGUGAUGAUGGAUGGGAUUCACAAAGAGAUGGAGCAGAAGUAUAAGAAUCUUGAUGAGGAGUGCCUGACGGAGACGGAAGAAUUGAAGAGAGACAUGCGAAAGAAGGCAGACAUCAAGGAAGUGAACUUGCUGAUCGACUCAAAGGCGGAUGUAGAUGAGGUGGAUGUUGUUCUUGCUCGCUGCCUGCAUCUUCUUCCCUUGCUGUUUAACCUCCCUGCCCUGUCGCAUCCUCUGACUCCUCGUCCGGAGGUCAAUCGUGCCCUGCUGGAUGUCAAUGGACAGCUGAGUCUCAAGGCAUCUAUGGCCGACAUCUCUUCGACGCUGCAUGAACAAGUCAUGCUCAACUCAGCCCUCAUCACCGAGCUCUGCCUUGGCCGAUGGAUAUGGAAAUCUCUCAAGACAAAACUGGGGAUUUUCAGCCGAAAGAAGCCCACUGUCAAGGUGCAAGUCAACGGAGAGCCGAUCCUUACAAUCUCCCCACAGUCCAGGUUGACAGCAGACUGUCAGUCCUAUCUGCUCAUCUUCGUUGCAGCAUACAACAACAUGGAGGGGGAGGCUACACAGCUCGGGCAGGUUCACCAACAGGCAAGCAACAUCACCGGCCUCACUCACAUUGACUUCCUUGCACUCCCGUCACGUGCUCGUAUCGCCAUCGCGUACCAGGGCGAUGAAGACGCUGAAGCUUUCCUUGGGUUAAGAAAGUUGUGA